CAUUUACACUGCGCAGGCGCAGCUUGUAGGCUGCCUGUCAGUGCCAUAGCAACCAGAGCAGACAUCAACCAUCAACAUGGCCAAAGCAACGACUGUGAGAGAAGCACUGGCCAAAUGGGAGGAGAAAUCAGGGGAAAAAGUGAGCGAUGCUAAAGCCAUAAAACUGUAUGGUCAGAUUCCUCCUAUAGAGAAGAUGGAUGCUUCUCUCUCCACACUAACCAACUGCGAGAAGCUGUCUCUGUCUACAAACUGCAUUGAGAAAAUAACAAAUCUCAAUGGCCUGAAGAACUUGAGGAUAUUGUCAUUAGGAAGAAAUAAUAUAAAGGCCCUCACUGGGCUGGAGGCAGUAGGGGACAAUUUAGAGGAGUUGUGGAUUUCUUAUAACUUGAUAGAGAAACUGAAGGGAAUCCAAUGCAUGAAGAAACUGAGAGUCCUCUACAUGUCGAACAAUCUGGUCAAAGAAUGGGGAGAGUUUGUGAGGCUAGCUGAACUGCCAUGCCUUGCAGACCUGGUGUUUGUUGGAAAUCCUCUGGAGGAGAAGCAUUCAGCUGAGGCAAACUGGAUGGAUGAAGCCUCUAAAAGACUACCUAAUCUGAAGAAACUAGAUGGAAUCCCAGUCAUCAAACAGGUAGAGGAUGAGGGAGAUGGAGAGAGCUGAGAAGCACGACUAUCUGCAAAACUACUCUUUUCCCUAAGAGUCUUCCCUUUUUUAAGUUUCGAAUGGUUUGUUAUGAUGCAUUUCUUUAUAUAAAACAAUUUUUUACAACA